UUGUGUUAUUUUCAUUCGACGAAGACGAGUUCAGUUCAAGACAUAUAUUACAUUGGAGCACAAGUAAAUACUUGAGUUUAUGCUGUUAUUGUUGUUACGGCUUAAGGCUUAAGGAAUCCAAAGUAUUUUAUAUUAUACAUAAAUAUUCUAAAUAGAAGUGCAUUUAUAAGUUGAGAGUAAAGUUCAUAAUCGAAACUGGAGCAGAGCAACCUUUGCUCUAGCAGUGCAAGUUCCAGCAGAAUCUUAUCGCUCCACGUAAAGCAAUUCAAAAGACUUAAAUUAACAAACGAUAAGAAGAUAAACGUUGGUGAAGAUGACGACGGGGCAACAACCGGCGCAUUUAAUAAUUGAACAAUUUGGAACGGUUCGUCGGAUUACGAUCAACAACCCCCGCAAAAAGAAUGCCAUUAAUAUGCAAGCUUACGGCGAUCUGACCGAUCAACUGAAUGCUGCCGAUCGGGAUGACUCGGUUUCGGUGGUUGUCCUGAUGGGGUUCGGCGAUUUCUAUAGUUCCGGUAACGACAUCAGUGGAAUACUGACUAGCAAUCAGUCGGUUGAGGAAAGGCUGAAAACAUCCAAUGGGAAACUGUUCAACAUGGUGAAAGCGUUCUAUAGCUUUAGUAAACUGCUGAUCGGGGUGGUAAAUGGACCGGCCAUCGGAAUCGCUGCCACCACGGUGAUACUCUGUGACGUGCUGUAUAUGGUUGAUACGGCUUACUUCUACACUCCAUUCUCGGCCCUAGGACUGUGCGCGGAAGGAUGUUCUUCGUACACAUUCCCCAAGCUGAUGGGGCGUAGCAAGGCAUCGGAGAUGUUACUUCUUAAUCACCGGAUGAGCGCACAGGAAGCACUGCAGUUUAACGUGGUCGCCGAGCUGUUCAAACGAGAGGACUUCGAAACGAAACUAUGGCCGCGAAUCCUCCUGUACGGAGAGCUUCCGAUAGGAUCCAUCAUGGCAACCAAGCAACUGAUGAAGCGGUUCGAAGUCGACGAACUUGAAAAAGCAAACCGCAACGAAGUGGACACUUUGGCCAAACGGUGGCUCACCGAGGAAGCCAUGCAGGCUGUGAUGAAUUUUAUGACCAGGAAAAGCAAAAUGUAGUAUGAAGUUAUGAAAUGAAUAGAAUACAAAAUUGAGUGAAACCUA